GUGCCUCAAGGCGGUGGGCGAAGUCAGGGAUGCGUUCAAGAGGGGCCUCAAGGCGGUCGGCGGAGUGUGGAACAAGAAGGUGCUGCGGCGAGGGGAGCGGCUGCGCGUGAACUCCGAGAAGCUGGUUCGCAAGAACAAAGGUGGGCAACAAAGUCACCUGAAAGCUUGGGCUCUCAGCGGCACGAUCCGCCUCGCUUUCGAGUCGAUCGGGCCCCUUCCGCAGCAGACAGCGCGCGCCGAGGGUUGCCGGAGAACGAUUUCGGCGGUUGCUGCCGUGGCCCACGCUGGAUUGCAUCAUCAGAUGGAGCAGUUGCGCGCCGUGGCGGAAGUCGCCGAGCACGGCCGGAGCAGUUGGUUCUUUGUCCAGCGGGGUCUGCGCGCGACUCCGCUCACCGCGAACUUCGGCUCGCUUGCAAACAUCGUCACGCCGUGGGCGCGGUACUGGCGUAAGGUCUCUGACGACAUGUCUGUGCCGGCCAAGAAGCGUUGGGAGUCGGUGACGUACGCGCAGUACUUGCAGCUGGCGCAAGGGAAGGGCAUACACACGCCCCGCGUCGGAAUGCUGGAGUUCCUCGUACAGACUGCGCAGGUCACUUGGCCAGAGCUGGUGGACGGCGACCCCAACUUCGUCAUCGCUCAUCGGCAGACCCUGAAGCUGCUGCCGACCUUCCUAGAGUCCACGACUUCGUCGUGCCAAUUCUCGGCGAUGGAGGCCGCUUGCGGAGGUAUUUCGCUCGAGGCCCUUGCGCAGAUGACCCAUCGCAUGAAGUGCGUGGUGAUCAGCGUGGAGUCUGACGCGCGUCCGUCCCUCGUCAGGGCCAAGUGCCACAUCGGCGAGAUCUGCGCGAAGCACAACCUCACAGCCGUCGCCAAAGGCCACGGGGUCAUCGCAUUAAUCGAGGGGCACGCUGUGGACCUCGUCAGGCUCAUCGCAAAGGGGCAGCGGUUCGACACCAAGGCCAGGCAUGAGGAUUUGAUGUUGCCCCUUGACGAGGGGGAGUUGAUGCGCGAGCUGAGCGCGAUGUGCAAUGGCGAUUGGGGCCAACGUCGCUUGCAGCAUUACUGCAUGGGUGCAGACUGUUGUGAGGGGCAGAAUCUUGGCGUCGCCAUUAGCCGAAUGACUGCAGUGUUGGUCCGAGCCUUUUUCGGUCAUAUGGCGACAGAUGUUCCCUCGACAGCCCGCUGGUACACGAUUCACCCUCAGUACGUGCGGCAGGCCGGCGGGAUGGCGUGCCACGACAUUUUCGGGCGCGUUUUCCGCCGCGCUGUGAAGUUCGAGACCUUGCCAGAAAACGACCUCGCGAGCUUUCAUGCCAUGAGUGAUUAG